AUGGAUGCCACCAUUAAAAGGCUCCAAUCUUUGUUCUAUUGGAAAGACUUGAUGCAUGACACCAAGAACUUUGUUAAUAGAUAUGAUAUUUACCAGAGGCAGAAAUAUGAUAUGGCUGCAAGUUCAGGUUUACUACAACCCUUAUUUGUACCUGAUGGUGUUUUGACAGAUGUCUAUUUGGAUUUUGUUGAGAGGUUGCCUAAAUCUAAGAAAAAUAAGGAUUGGUGCUCUUAUUUGCCAUUGGCUGAAUGGUGGUAUAAUACCACCUAUCGUGCUGCUAUUAAGUGCACACCUUAUAAUGCUUUAUAUGGUCAUAAACCUCUCAUUAAUAUUUCCUACUUGACAGGAGAAGCCUCUACUGAGAUGGUUGACAGAUCCUUGGCUGCUAGAGAAGUUGUUAUAGAGUUGUUGAGGUUUUAUAAACACAGGGCCCAGCAAAAGAUGAAGGACAUUGCUGAUAAACAUAAGUCGGAGAGAUCAUUUGCGGUUGGUAACUGGGUCUACUUGAAACUUCAACCCUAUAGACAUGUGGCUUUGGCUGUGUGA